UUGUAGACGUCAAAAUGGCGUCGUUUAGUUCCAUUCCAGGCAGUUUUUGAGUGAGUUUUGAGUAAAAAUCAAAUGUUAAUCGGUUUCGGACACCAGACUAAGCUUAGGGACGCUUCGAUGAGCUAGUUCGGCACGUUAGUUGUGUUUUUCGCGUCUUAAAUUUGGUCGAAUUUUUGUGCAAAAUGGCAGAUCAGUCCAAUCAAGUCCGGAGGCCUAUGCUGAGCAUAGACUUGCCCAACAGUGUGAAUUCCAUCGGGGGCUUUCGCCCGCUGCCCAGCCAGCCGGGGGCCACCAGCGAGCGUUUGGGGGCCGCAGCCGGGACAAACCGCCCCAAAAUGAGCCUCCCGACCAUCUCCAAGUCCACAGUCGAUCCCACGAUUGAUAGAACGCGUUUUGGACCGAGUGAAAGAAAUAAACAGCAAAGGGAUUCCCGGUUCAAAAUUUGCCAGUCGAUGAAUUCCUCAGGGAAGCUCCAAAUUGGGGGCAAAACCUACGAUUUUACGUCCGAUGAUCUGCAGGACAUUGGGGAGAUAGGAAGGGGCGGUUUUGGGACUGUGAAUAAAAUGGUGCAUAGAAAGUCGGGAACUGUGGUUGCGGUGAAGAGAAUAAGGUCAACGGUUGAUGAAAAGGAACAGAAACAACUGUUGAUGGACUUGGAUGUGGUGAUGAAAAGCAACGAGUGCCAUUACAUCGUGCAGUUUUAUGGGGCGCUGUUUAAGGAGUUGCAGGGGGAUUGCUGGAUCGUGAUGGAACUAAUGGACACCUCAUUGGAUAAAUUCUACAAAUUCAUCUACGACAAACUGGGCGAUCGAAUUCCGGAAGAAAUCCUCGGAAAAAUAGCCCUAGCGACUGUGAAAGCCUUAAACUACUUAAAGGAGAAACUAAAAAUAAUACAUCGAGAUGUAAAACCAAGCAAUAUUUUACUAGACAGGAAGGGAAACAUCAAGUUGUGUGAUUUUGGAAUUUCGGGACAGUUGGUCGAUUCAAUUGCACGGACACGUGAUGCUGGAUGUCGCCCGUAUAUGGCUCCCGAGAGAAUCGAUCCACAGACGGCCAAAGGCUACGACGUGCGAAGCGAUGUCUGGUCGUUGGGAAUAACGCUGAUGGAGGUGGCCACCGGUCGUUUUCCCUACCCGAGAUGGUCGAGCGUUUUCGACCAAUUACACCAAGUCGUUAACGGGGAACCCCCGCGCCUUACCGAAAACCAUAACGCCAAUACUUUUACGUCAGAGUUUGUUAAUUUUGUAAAUACUUGUUUAAUAAAAGACGAACACUCCAGACCAAAGUACAAGCGACUGCUCGAAGACCCGUUCAUUUUGCGGGCGCAGAAGGAGAAAGUGGACGUUGCAGCCUACGUUUCGCGCAUCAUGGACGAGAUGGCGAACAACGGGAUCAGCGCGUUCACGACGAACCAGCAGUGAAGUAAGCAGUCAGGUGAUGUAGAGAAAACUGUUAGUGAGUUGUCGCUUAAUCAUUUAUUGGUUGGUAAGUUUGUGCAAUUGCGCGGCGUUCGCGAUUCCUUGGUGAUAAACUCGAGAUGAGAUUUCAGACCAAUCGGAUUAAAUCGAACUAAUUCGCUUGAAAACAAUCUGACAAUACUAUCAAAUCGUUCGGGGUUAGUCCGAUUUAAGUGUUCUAUUGAUUGGUCGCGUUAUGUUUAGGUUCAAAUGUAAUAAAUAAUAGCUUUAGUAACGUAAAUGUUACAUAGAUGAAGCCACUGAUUAAGAAAACAGUCCAUUGUAUAUAAUAUAGUACAUGUCCGGUCUUGAGUUCGAAUUUAAUGUGAUGUCUUAGCAUUUAUUGGAUGCAUUCGAGGUGCUUUUCGCGUAUAUUUUUCUUAUUUUCAAAUUGUUACCGAUUUUAAACAAUAAAACGUUGCCUGUUCUAUUGUACCAUGUACGAUCUUUGACUGUAUAUAAUUAGUGUAUGUUGUUAAUAUUUAAUUUUUUACUCAAUUGUUUAAGAAUAAGCAAAUUGUACGUUUAUUUACGACACGAUGUUGAGUAUGUAAAGUAAAAUUGUACAGAAAACAAGCAACAGUUUAUUAUCGCUCCCAGAUACGGAAAAUCACAUACAUGGUUUAAUGCCUCCACAGUAGAGCAAUACAAUACAAUAAAAUAGAGAUCAAAUUGG